GGACAACUCUCUUGCGGUGACCGUCACUUCUGGGGCAGACGCGCAGCCAGCGCUUCAUCCUGAGGGCGCAACAGUUGAACCAGAUGCAGAUGGCGCUGAUGGCAUUGUGGCCAACGAUGGUGCAAAGGAUGACGAAGCCAUCAUUGAGGCAUACGCAGCACAACUUGCUUCGUUGAAGGAUUUGGACCUUGGCGCCUCCGACGACGCGUCCAUCGCGCAGUGGGGACGGGCUCGUCUGGCCAAGAUUUCUGAGCUCAAAGCAGGGAUGCAAAAUACAAAGAAAAGCGCUGGGAGGCGCAAAGGCGGAAGCCCGACGGAGUUUUUGGCGCCACUUGAGGAGAUGAUUGAGGAAUUGAACGCCUUGACUGCGCUCAUCAAGACGCUCAUGAGUGCAACAGUUGAGGGCCGGGAGCCCUUUGAGAAGGUUCGUCUUCGCCUGGACACCGACCAGGCCUUCAAAGCUUUUGAAGCUGCGUGGGAGCGUUGCUUAAAGGGCGUUGCCAUGGAGGACCUGAAGACUGCUCAGUGGGACAAUUUCUUCUCUGCGACCUAUCAGCUGACCAUCUCUUCCCUCACGGAGAAUGCGGGCCCCUUCUUCGUCCUUUUGGCUUCUCAGUUGACCCAGCGAUUGGUAAAAACCAUCAACGUAACCAAGCUCCUCACUCGCGAGGUUUUGAAGUACCUGCGAGCAUUCAUGGAGUCUAUGCAGGCUCACGCAGACACCAUCAGGGCAACAACGCAGGCGGACGAGGAUGACAAAUUGGCAAUCCAGUCGAUUCUUGUAGUCCUUGACCUUGCGGCACCUCCUUCUCGAGUUCUUGCAGCUUGCGCCACCCUCAAUGUGGCCUUGUCCCACCACUGGCUUGUGCAAGCCUUCAGCCUGGAGAAAGGCAAGCGGGUCAUGGAGUGCGCGCGUGACAACGCGCAAAAACGACAGGACAGCGACAGCCUCCUGGAAGCGUUUGCCACAUCAUCUUCCGAGUUGAAGGCGAUCAAGGAGCGCGCCGAG